GAUGGAAAAAGAAGAUGAUAACCCGAUUGCAAAUUAACAGCCUAUCCUCUGACUUUCUCGGACCAGAUCCCUAUUUGCGAGAGAAAACAGCUCAUGGAAGUUCCACUCGAUGCUCUAUGGGUUUCAGAGAAGUAACAAACAUUUCUUGCUCCAGCUUUUUCUUCAGUCUCGGAGUCCAAUUUAUUGCUCAAAGGUCUGGGUCCAGCUGAAGAAGAAACCAUGGAGUUUUUGUCCUUAUAAGCGGUAAAUUGAUUCAACGCUGUGUAUUGUAUUUUCAAUUUGGGAUUCUAGAACGUGAAUAUCCCUACAAUCAUGUCUUUUAAGCUCGGUUCCUGGAAUUGAAUCUCCUUUUGGGUCACAAUAUCAGUGCCCCUUUUCAUCUCCUUUCCCCCCUUUUUCGUUUUCGAUGAUAGGAAAUUGGGCUUUUGUUUUCUUGGAGACUCAUAAGUGGUUAGGGUUCGCUUCCUUCGAUUGAAGUCGUUUAAACAUAUAUUCUGGUCCUUAUUAUUCAUUUCCAGGUGAUGAUUAUGGGGUUGCUUCCUACAUUUUCAGAGUGGAAUCUUGGAUUUUUUUUUGUCUUAAUUGUAAAUUAGGGUUUCUUCCGAACUUGUAAUUUUCAGGGUAUCUGUUUUUUCUAUUCUCUUAGUGCUCUAAUUCAUUGAGAGCCCUACCUAAGCUUUGGAUUGGUCUAGUCUAAGCUAGAGACCCAUGUUUUUGAUAUUCUGAGCUAAGAGUUUUGGCGUGUUUAGUACUUUAGUAAAAGGAACUAUGGAGGAUAAUGCAAUGAAUCUUGAUCUUAACCUGGGUCCUGUUGAUCACCCAAACGAUGAUGUGGAGCCUGAACCCGGCCCGUUCCCCAAUCAGAAUUCGAAUUGGGAGGAGCUUUUAGUUAGGGAUAGGAGACCAUAUUCCACUGAAUCAUUCCCAAUUGAUCAUAUCAAUUUGGAGGAAUUUCUAGACGGAACUGUCAGGGAAGCGGUCAGGCAAACAAGGCAGAGAAGGCAGCGGUGGCGGUCCAUGUGGAGAGAGCUUCCAGUCCCACCUGAAACCAGAAGCAUUGCAAUGGAAUGGAUAGGGGGAAGCAGAUUGCACACGGGGGAGGCCAGUUUUGCCACACCAGAGGAUGAUGUAGGCCCCACUGCCACUGAAUUGACCAAAAUCUGCGACAACAACAAUACGUGUUUGGAUGAUGAGACGUCAUCAGGAAAGAAAGAAGAGAAUGAAAAUGGUAACGGCGAUGAAGGUUGCUUCUUUGAUUGCAACAUAUGUUUGGAUCUAUCAAAGGAACCAGUCGUCACGUGUUGUGGACACUUGUUCUGUUGGCCUUGCCUUUACAGAUGGUUACAUGUCCAUUCCGAUGCAAAAGAGUGUCCAGUCUGUAAAGGGGAAGUUACGAUGAAGAACGUGACUCCGAUUUAUGGGCGCGGCAGUGGGGCCCGUGAGUCAGAAGGUGAUGACUCAACCUCUGCACUAAAAAUCCCACUCAGACCCCAAGCCCACCGAGUCGAGAGCUGGAGACAAACCAUCCAGAGGGCUUCGUUUACUAUCCCGAUGGAAGAAAUGAUCAGGCGGUUAGGCAGCCGGUUCGAUCUGUCUCAGGUGCAGACUCAAAACCCCCAAGAAUCUCCCGGUGAUAUUCUCAACCGGUUUUUGACAUCAAGGGGACGAAGAGAACAGCAGAAUCCGCAUAUGAUGGGGGUGGACGACAGAGAUUCUGGUUCGAGCAUUGCUGCUGUUAUCCACUCAGAGAGUCAGACUGUGGAUAAUGCCAUUGAAAUUGAUUCUACUGUGUCGCUUUCCACCUCAUCUUCCAGAAGAAGAAACGAUAAUGCCUCUAGAGUUUCAGACGUUGAUAGUGGAGAUUCCCGCCCACUUAGGCGGAGGAGGCUCAACUGAUUGAUUUCCCUUGUCAUCUUUUAUAUUCCUAAGUUUCAUAUAUGUUUUAGAUCAAUUGUGUUUCCUUGAGUAUAAAUUGUUGCCAUUAUAUAUGUUCCAAACUUUGUUGAAUUGAACUUGCUGUCAUGAUGGAAUCCCUCACGAGGUAUUCAUUAAUGCAUUUCUAAGUUUUGUUUUUCUGUCUUUUGUUAUCAUGUCUUAUAUACUGAUUAACUUGAUACCAUCAAUUGCUUAAAAUCUAUCUUUUGGGUUGAGCA